GGGUCACCAACGAAAACAGAUCGAUUAGUUCUCAAAAUUUUAAGGUCUAAUGUGAAGUAUUGGUUUGAAUAAGAUCUAGUUACAUUUAGAUCCUGAAAAUCUGAGUUAUCCUCAACUGUACUCACAAAAGCCUUCACAAUACCUAAGUACCUACGUAGCAAACUCGCUACGCACAAAAUUUUCGGGGCGCACCUGCACUCAUAGCUCUUACCACAAGCGCGAGAAGCGCGAGGGGGCAUUCUUAAGGCAGGCACGACUGUGAACGCAACAGAAAAAGGUGCUGCGGCCAUCACGCCUGUCACAUCUCACUGUUUUGAACAAAUCGAGAGCCUUGAACUGCGCAUCCAAGAAAAUCAGCAACCCUACUCUAUCAUUGAAGAAGAAUUAGGAGAGCCUGCCAAGCCGAACAUGGCGCCGUCACUAUCCGAGGAAGAGAUCGACGAUCUCGUCUAUCUGGCGCGAACAGGGGAGGAUGCAGAAUUCACCCAGAUAUUGCAAGAGCUCGCGACGCGUGAAGGUGCCACAGCGGCAGACAUACUGACGGCUGCGAGAGAGGAGCAAAGCAAGGCCACAUGUUUACAUAUGGCGGCGGCAAACGGACAUGCGAAAACCGUAACGCUCAUACUCUCGUAUCUCCCGGUGCCAAGCAAGCCAUCAAAAGCAGCAGUGGCCCCCCCGUCAGAAGACACUGAUUCAGAGAAAACGAAAGUAGAAGCAGAGCCAGCGUACAUCGAUGCGCAGAAUUCAUUCGGCAAUACUGCGCUGCACUGGGCGUGUCUAGGGGGUCAUCUUGACAUUGUCAAGCUUUUGCUCUCGAGAGGGGCUUCGCCGGCGAUGGCGAACGAUAAGGAUCAGAUCCCGCUCGAUCUGGCGGCGUUCAAUAACCAUAUGCAUGUUGUUGAGUACUUUUUGGCGCAGAGCAGGGAUAUUGAGGGCGAUAAUGCACAAGAAGGAGGCUUGGUCAAGGAGGCCGAGGAUAUGGAUGUUAAGGAAGAUGGAACUGCGGGUGUAGGGGGAUAGAGUGGGUAGAUCAAUGAUGCAUAUAUGAAUGAAUACGAAUGAAUAAAAGUUAAUUGCCAAUGAGUAGUGAUACAUUUUCCUGUUUAAAAGAGAUGAUGUCCUGAACAGCCAGAAUCCAUCUUGUGAGCUGGUGGUAGGCUUCUGACUCGACGCUGCUGGAAUCGGC